ACGUUUGUCGGCUAGGACUAUGACAGUCAAUUAAUUUACGUUUUUUAACUAAAUAUUAUCUAAUCCUGUUGAAAUAAACAAAAAACUAUUAAUGAAUGUGAUUUCUAAAUAUAAAGUGCGAAUGACUUUACCAAAACUUUUUAAAUAAAUGCCUUGUAAAUAGUAAAAAAUAUGUCGUUGCUAAACGCCUUGCGUUGUUACUUCGAUCGCUUAAUAAUUGUGUAUAUUGUGAUAAAUCUGUAGUAAAAAUGAGAUGCUGUGUGCCGAAUUGCAAGAAUGAUUCGAGACACAUAUCUAAAUCGCAAGGAAUCACCUUCCAUGUCUUUCCUAAUGAGGCCUCACUCCGGUCUGCAUGGCUCAAAGCCCUAGGUAAAGAGACUUGGGAGCCAAAAGAGAGAAGUGCAGUAUGCUCGGAGCAUUUUCUAUGCGACGACCUUUAUGAAACUAAGAGUGGCCUCAGAAAAGUACGGUCAGGAGCUGUACCUUUGAUUUUACAGGACACAAUGAGCUGUGAAUAUGGAGAACCGGCCACCUUGAAGGCUUGCAGAAUAUGCCUUGUAAUGGAUGUAAAGUUAAUACCAAUAAGAGUAUGUAAUUUGGAACAAGCUUAUGAAAAUCUCACUGGAAUUUCGUUAAAUGAAGAUAAACUACCCCAGAAGCUGUGCGUGGAAUGUGUACAAAGAUUAAACAAUUGUAGUCAGUUCCGGCUGAAGAGUUUGCGAGCUAACUCCUUGAUGCUAGAAGUUAUUAAAAAGCAUGAUAUCUUAACAGUACAAAACAUAAAAACUAUAAACCGAGAAAACAACCAGCUCGCCUCUACAUUAUCGUAUAAAAAAUUCGAAGUGAACCAUUAUGAUUCUUACUACGAAUAUACAGACCCUAUAUGGAUCGAGGAAAAACCUUCAACCUGCAACAUCGAAGUCAAAGUAGAGAACGAAAUAUUUCUUCCAGAAGAAAUAGCGGUCAAAAUUAACGAUGACGGAUUUAACGAGGUCGGAAUUAACGAAGCUGGAAUUAAUGAUAACGGAAUUACCGACGGAUUUAGUGAUAAUGACGCUUCUGACAAAGAAUUCGUCAUAGUGUCUGAUAAAGAUUAUUCUUCAGAUGACAGUUUACCUUUGGAGAAAUGUAAGACAAAGAGAACUCGAAAACGCAAAAUUAAGGAUGAGAAACCGGUUAAAACGGUUAAAAAAGUUAAAAAGGUUAAAGAAGUUAAUGAUAGUAAUGAACCGAAAGUUGAUAGGCGUCGUAAGCCUUUCUUAAACGAUGAUUUGAACGAAACUUUGUUUACAAUAAGAGAUUUGACCAUUGAAGAGCAGAUAGCUGAAAUAUUGAAAAGACGGGAUUCGGCGAAUUAUAAGAACGCCAUUUAUAAGUGUACCGCGUGUUUUAAAGGGUUUUUGGAUGAAGACGCUUAUAAUAGUCACAUGACAAGACAUACAGAUCAAUGUGGCGAACACGAAUGCGGUGUAUGCAAAACACAUUUUAAGCAUCCGCACGCAUUACGCAAACAUAUAACUGCCCACCAUACUCAGAGGUUCAGUUGCAAGCAAUGUCCGUAUAUUACAACACACAGACAAACAGCAAGAUUGCACGAGAGAUGGCAUAAGGGUACUAAAUACAAGUGCCCGCAUUGUCAAGAUGAGUUUGUUAAAUUCACAACAUAUAUGGGGCAUAUACGCAUAAAGCACCCUUCAGACUUCGUCUGCGGUCUCUGCGGAUUCUCCUUUGUGAGCGCUAAAGGCAUAGAGCUACAUAAGAAACUCAAACAUAGACUGGAUAAUGUACCGAUCCCAGACGAUGGUCCACAAUGUGAACCUUGUAACGUGCGUUUCGUUAAUACUGACGCAUACAAGAGACAUUUGACCGUAUCCGCGAGACAUAAUGCAGAUGCAGGCGUAGAAAAAAGAGUAAGAAAUAAACCCCGUAAAGGCAGAAAAACUAAAGAGAUGAAAGAGAUGGAGCGUCGUGCGAGAGAGAACAGCGACUCGGAAGAUAAGAGACGCUACCCCAGCCAGAUAAGGAGAGCCGAGGGACCUAUACCCUGUGAACAGUGUGGUCUUCAACUAGAAGAUUCCAGAGCCUACCACGGUCACUUCCGACGCAUGCAUCCCGACAAGAAUCGAACCAACUACCCCUCUAUGAAGUCACCCUGUAUGUGUGAAGUCUGUGGCAGAAUGUUCCAAAGCUUCGCCCUCCUAAAAGACCACACCUACAUUCACACUGACGAGCGUCCCUUCAAAUGCGAGAUCUGUUCGAAGAGUUUCCGCAUGAAGCAACGCCUCGUCGCCCACAGGCGCGUCCACAGUGAAGUUCGCGCGAGCUACGUCUGCAAGCUCUGCGGCAAACAGUUCUCAACGCAUAGCAACCGACAGAGGCACAUGUUUAUCCACACCGGAUUGAAGCCGUUUAAAUGCGAGAUGUGUGGAAAAGGAUUCAAGCAUGCGAGCGAGAAGAGAGCGCAUAUCACGUAUGUGCAUCUGAAAAAGCCGUGGCCUAAACGCGCUAGGGGGAAGCGGAGACCUGACACUAGACAGGGUCAAAUGCCUCCAGGUCAAGGUGAGAUGGACAUGGCACCACCCAUGUGGCCCUGUGACCCCAAAAUGGCAGAAAUGGGCCCCAUGAUCGAAGAUAAACCUGUUUAUUAUAAUUUAAAGAUAUAAGCUAGAAGAUAUCCUGAGAUUUUUUCAGUGAAUUUUGUAAUUUAUAGCGAGAUUUUUGGCCCUGGCGGCGGCUUUCCUAAUAUUCUAAUCUGUUGUAUUUCUUACUUGAGAUAGGAAUUUGAGAUUUGCCCCGCACAUCAUCUCUAUCUCCCGAGCCUUUUCCCAACUGGGGUCGGCUUCCAGUCUAACCUGAUACAGCUGAGUACCAGUGUGCCACAUGGAGCGACUGCCUAUCUGACCUCCUCAACCCAGUUACCCGGGCAAUCCAAUACCCCUUGGUUAGACUGGUGUCAGACUUACUGGCUUCUGACUACCCGUAACGAUUGUCUAGGAUGUUCAAUGACAGCCGGGACUUACAGUUUAACGUGCCAUCCGAAACACAAUCAUUGGUGUCCAAGAUAUAUUUAGAAAGUACAUACAAACUUAGAAAAGUUGCAUUGGUACUUGAAUCGAACCUUCACACUAAUUUCUUUACCCACUAGGCCACCACGACUCUGACAUUUGCCCCGUACGUCAGCAAUGCAGAUUCCUAUCUCUG